CCGACAGACAGUGGCCGGUCGCCGGCGUCGGCAACGCGUCGCCUAUCCUCGAAUAUUAUACAUUUUAUAUGCAAUAUAAUAUAAAAAACCAUAUUGAUCGCGAUCGCAUUGAAAACUAGUUUUUUUACGUUUUAUUCAAUGGACUUUGUCAAAGUAUAUUUAUUUCUCAUAUUGGUUCCAAAUGGUUUAGUGUUGUAGGGUCUUUGAAACAAGGGUGAGAUAGUGAGAAAAUGAACACGGAAGAAGAUACGGAUACGCUGAAAAUAUAUUGGGACCACUUCUUCAAAGCUGAGACUGGUACUUAUGAGAAAUCGACAUGGCUGGAUUUAUUCUUGGCAGAGUUCCUCAUACGCCUCAAUGACGGUGCCGACCCCAAGGAACUUAUUAAAUUUUGCCCCAUCAGUGGCGUGGUGACCCUGGUGGGCUGCGAGCUGCUGUGUGGCAUCCACCGCGUGACGUCAUCCAUCAACACUCUCUGUUCGCCCGCGCCUGUCCCCUCAUAUUCCGGGAAGGAAGACAAUCCUACUGACCAACUGUCUGCAAAGCCAGAUGGCGUCAAACAGGAGAAGGCACAAUUCACCAGUCUUUUCACGAAGACGAACGCACAGUCUUCAACUGAGAUUUUGCGGCGGUACCUGCUUGGUGGCGUGGCGUGGCGUUGCCUCGUGCUGCUCAGAGCUGUGGGGGUUGAGGGUCUAUCAUGCUGCCGACAGCUGAGUUCUGUCCUGAUCUGGUUGUUCGGGGAGGUGGGGGUCGCGGCGGAGGCGCCCCCCGCGCAUGACUCCCCCGCGCGACCCCUCACACCCCGUACUCCUAUACAUCUCCUUUUUUCACAAAAAAUUUGGUCAAAGCAGAGGCUAGCAACAAAUGCGGGUUCCAGAGAAAAUUCACCAAUUUCAUCAGAAAAAGACUCCAAUGUCACCAGGUCCAGACCCGCUGUUCACAUGAAGACAGAUUCCAUAGAUAAUAAAUCGAAGAGAAAGUAUGCAAAACACAGCGAUCAUUCUUCAGACUCUGUGGAUUCCGACGACGACCUUCAGAUCCUAAAUAGAUCCCUCGCGAUCAAGGUCAGCUCGCGACAUGACGACUUCCAAUACUUCAACUCUCGAGCGCGCUCGCCCAGGGAACAUCCCAGAGAAACUUUAUAUAGUGACCCUUUCGUCACACCAAAGAAAUCAAAACCAAAGCCAGAUGACUACAUGAACGAUAACCACAGAAAGAUAAUAAACUCUGAAAUUACUCCGUUUGAAUUCACCCUCAUUGUCAUAGAUUUGUUACAGGAGCUUUGCAAAACAGAGAGUAGCUUGUCAGGGUCUGAAGGAUCUCAAAUAUCUAUGCAAUGCAUCAACUUCUCCUUGAGAAAUAUCUGUUCUUUUCAAUUCGGCUCGGUUCCAUUAGGAAAUUCUCAAAUCGAGGAUGUAGCUAAACUAAAGAUGGGGCUAACAGAGCUUCUUUUAGUUUCUUUGAACAAAGUGCUCAUACAUUCCGACUUAUGUGCGAAAUUGAUCAACAACGGUAUUCUUCCAAUGCUUCUGAGGAUAUUAGAGGACGUUAUUUCCAAAUCGAGUGCCAAAUAUCGUAAGAAUGAAAACCAGAGCCGGAGUAAAAGCGAAAUAACUAUAAAUAAGACUGAAUCGGAAAAUUUGCUCAAAUUCGUCUUCGGUAUAGCUUACGCGAUAACCGCUUUCUUCCACUGUUUGCUGAUGCAGUGUCGCACUGUGGAUAAAUUGAGAGAGUUCACCGACCAAUUCAAGUUGUACGGCGAAUGUCUCAAAGGCGGGUUGCUGAAAGAGUGCAUCGAGCUGAUGAUAAGGAUACCGGGCUUGGAUCGCGACGAGGCGGUAGUUCUUAUAAGGAAACUGAUAGAAGCGAUCGGCAGACUGGUGUGCGGGAUGAAGCGCGUGCGGAGCGAGGUGAUCCACACGGCGGCGUGCCCGCGCGCGCGCCACAAGGCGUGCCGCGCGCGCGUGCUGGCCGGCCUCCACCACCACCACGACAUCCUCGGCGACCCCGGCGCCGCGCCCGCCUCCGCCGCCUCCGCCGCCGUCUGCUGCGUCGCGCUGCUCUACGGCACGCUCACAGCUCUAGCCACGGAUGAUGACCUCACCGCGGAACCCGCGCUCAGGAAUAAGCUGCUCAAAGUUAUGCUUAACUCCGGGGUGUGCUGCUGCUACUCUCCAGGCACCCUCAUGGAGAGAAUCGUCCGCCUCGUGCUCACCCACAGCGAAGUCGCAACACUCUGUCUCCAACUGUUAGAGCACACUGUCUAUGGUGAAUUGGGAGCGAGUAUUCUACUGCCCAAAGUGACCGACCAGCUUCCGUGCUCUAUUUGCGAACCGUCAGAUGAGAAGAGAGAUUUCAUUCGAAAAUAUUGUCCUUACGGAAUUGCUCCCAUUGAAAAGAAAAACCUGUGGGCUUUUCUAAUACACUAUAAUUCGUUGCUGCAACUGGAUAACCACAAUAAUGUCCUGCACGCCACCGUCAGUCACCUGCUCCGGGUAACUCCUAAAUGCCGCACGGAGAUGAAAUACGAGUUACUUUUUAGUGUCAUAUACCCCACGUUUAUCGUCGCCAAACAUAGAUAUAUUUUAAGGUCAGAAGAAUCUGCCUACUUCCUGACGGUGUCUUGCCUAAACAUAUUCGCGACACUUCUAAAUACUGUAUCGUUUGCGGAACAAUUCAUCCAAAAGGGAGGCCUCAGUUAUGUCCUGGAAUUGGUAUCUCUGUCAGAAUUUUCCAAUCAGUGCUGUUCUAUUUUGGAAAUAGCGAUCGCCGUGGAGAUAUUGAAACUUGCCAAAGAAGGUACGAGCGGUCCGUCUCGAGACGUCGGAUCGUUAGCAUCAGUGCGGAUGUUGUUCGAAUCAUUGUCGAAAGCGACCGACGACUGUUUUAGAAUAUUAGAGUUGAAGUUACCUGCGGAAGAAUUUAGAGAAAUGUCUGAGGCGCACGAGAUUUAUGAAGCGUUCGGGGUUGAAUUCGUGAAAUGGGAUAGUAAUACCAAUUUAAAUGAUGAGGUAGUGACGGAGCGGUGUAUAGAAGAUCACGUGGAGUUGAUGAAGAAGGCGUGUCGGUUGUGGCGCGCGUGCGCAGGACUGUGUUUGUGUAGUCCGCUGUUCCGCGUGCACGCGGCGUCGCAGUCGGCGUUGCCGCGCAGUGUCGUGUUGUUGCGGUUGCUGCUGCGGCUGGCUGCGGUCGACCACACCACCGCCGCUGAACUACGCGUCCAUGUGCGGAUCGUUGAAGCUUUACUCACCGUGCAGUUCGCUGUUGCUGAUGUGACACGCGGCGUCUCCAAGGAGCUGAGUUGCGGCGUGCUGCGCGCGGCGCUGGCGUCGCCCGCCGCGCUGGUGUCCGCCGGCAGCGACGGCGGCGCCUUGCGUCCGCUGUGCGAAGCGCUCAUACGCGUCGCCACCUCCCGGCCUAGCUCCAAACACGCUAUGCCUGUUCUCACUCACGCUAAGGUGCCGCCAUUGCUGUGUCCGUCGGGCGGCAGCUCGCCGCGCAGCUCGUCGAGCGAGGAGAGCGUGGCGGUGUACGCGAGCGAGCACAGUGAGCGCGAACAUUCUAGACAGGACGACGGUUAUGAAGCAGACGUAGAAAUAGGAAAGCUGGACCUGACGUCAUACAAAAUGGCGAAAUUGACAGAGUCCCUGGCGUCGCUAGGCAAUAGUCCGGAGAAGAGAGUGACUUCAGAAGCGGUGGAGUGCGGCAAGUACGAGCGCGGGACUGAGUUGACGCACCCUGAACUGUGCUUGGUUGUGUUCGAUGUACUGACACAGCUCAUACAAAAACUGGUAACCCCUGGCAUCCAGCCGGAGGAGCGGUCGCGCUUGACGUCGGCGUGCCUGAGCGCGGCGCGCGCCUGCAGCUCGCGGCUGGCGGGCACGGGCUGCCAGCACGCGCGCCCCGGCAGCGACGCGCUGCUGGCGCGCUUGCUGACCCCGCCCACCGCCGCGCUGCUCACCACUCAGCACACGCCAGAAUUACAAAGCAGCAUCCUCGAGUUGAUCCACGUGCUGGCUUCGCGCCACAUCUCCGCGCGGGAGCUGGGCGCCCUCAUCCGCCUGUUCGGGGUUGAACGACCUCCGCUCCGGGCGCUGUUGACGGCGCUGCAACGCCUCGUGACCGCCGCCCCUUGUGAUGUACCGGACUAUUCACUUAAUUUCCCCGUACUACCCCAUCCUUCAGGUACCGAAACGCCUAUACCGGAAAUAGCUCGACAUGCGACAUUCAACCAACAAGCGGAUGCCCUCCCCAAGAAGCUGCGGGAAGCUCAUCUUGCGGCAGGCAUCCAGUCAGCGUGGUCGCGCCACGCGGCGCGGGUGUCGCUGUGCGCGGGCGCGGCGGAGGCCUGGGUGCCGUGGCUGGCGGGGUUCUCGCUGGUGCUGCAUCUGCGCACUGACCGCAGAGAUGACAUCAAAGAAUGGCAAGACGAUUGCGACUGUUCGACUCCCAAACAAAACUUCACUCGCUCGUCACCUUCGCGUACGCCGGAGUCUGUACACGUUAUUUCGUUGGGACACGAUUCACUCAUGUUUGAAACCUGGCUCGAAUCCGCUACAGGCACGGUCCGGUUCCGGCUGUCGCGGCCGACGGAGCCGGGGCGCGCGCUGUGCGAGCAGCACGCACGCGGCGCGCUGCCGGCCGGCUGCUGGCUGCAGCUGGCGCUGGCCGUGCGCGAGCGGCUGCGCGCGCGCCGCAUGCACGUGCAAGUUACGAUGUACGUCAAUGGCUAUGAAUGGGAAACUGUAGCACUGCCAUUACAGGGGGUGUUGGUGCGCAAAGCGGCGUCGAGCACCAUUCUCAUAGGAGAUAGUAUGGGCGAGUACCAGAUGUCUCGCGUACACCUGUACCGCUCGAAUGUGAUGACCGCCCCUCGCGCUAUGCACCUCACUGCGCACGGGCACAACCACGCCUGCCAUGUGCGAUGUGAAUCACCUAACUACUCACUGUUAUUAACGCCAAACCAUUUGGAUUCUAAAAUAGAUUGGGAUCAGGUAUACGAAAUGUCCAGCAGUGAACUGCGCGAGCUUCACGAUAAUCUACUUCUGACAUUUUCUGCACACUCGCCGCAUAUUGCCAACCUUUAUUACCCUACAACUGCGCCCACGGUGUUCGGGGGGCUGACGGGCACAGGGGUGUCUACAGGGGCAGCAUCGAGCGCGUUGGCCGUGCGCUGGAUGGGUGACCCGCAGCCUGUGGCGCACGCGGGUCUGGCGACCGCGUUGCUGUUGCUGGGCGGCCCGCAGCUUUUGCUGUAUCUGUUCGCGAGGGUGGUCGAACUGGAAGGCUCAGCGGAAGAGCAAGCGAGCGCGCUGAGUAUAGCGCUGCGCAGCGCUAGCAUCGACGCGCGGCUGUGCGCGGCGAUGUUCGACGAGCGCGGCGAGCAGCUCGCCAUGCUGCUCGCCGUGCUCGCCGCCAGCCGCUGCGCACUCACGCAACACAUUCUUAAGGCAGUCUUAGACGCGGCCUGCAGUGCUCCACUGUUUACAAUCAACUGCGACAACAGCGUGACGGUGUGUGCGCACACGCCGGGCGUGUUGCUGGAGCCGCGGCUGCUGCUGCUGCUGGCGCGGGCCUCCAGGUACCUGGACCCGCCCACCCGACAGGAAAUAACAUGGGAGGCGGAGGGCACCGGCGUUCGUUGUCAAGGCUCGGCGUGGGCGUUAACAUUGUACUGCAUCUGUAUACUAUUGCGCGACGACCACCCCCGUAGAGCCUUCAACCUCUAUCAGAUGAACCGCGUGGAUCUACUGGCGGCGUUGUUACUGGCUUGCAAGGAACACUACCUGAGUUCAGACCGUGAGCCCAUGGAGCCCUCGGCCUCGAUGUGGCUGGUGCAAGCUGCGCGCGGGCUGCUGCAGCCGCAUGGGCUGCCCACCAUCGCAGACUUCCUGCUGCUGCAGCACCAGGCCAGCGAUACGUUCGUAACUCACUCGCGCGCUAAUUUCUACUUCUUACUCGCACCGGAGACGCUUGAAAAGGGUGAAUUCAGUCGAAACCCUUCCAGACGUAACCGACGCAAGAGGGCCGCCAACGAACGCGCGAGCAAAGUCAGUGAGAGCAGUGGGGCUGAGACCUCAAGCAACGCUGCCAGUCUGACGGAAACAAGGACAGAGAAUAGGGAGAAGAGAGAUGAAGAUAGUGCGGCGAAAGAAGAAAGUCAGGAUGAAAGAGAUGAUACAAACGUCACGAGGGAACAGACAUCGCACUCCAAGGAAAUGAAAGGGAUUAUAAAUAUGCAGAUCAAGGAAAGUAGAAAACACAAUACGUCAUCGACUUCUGAAAAUUCUGAUAUAACUGUAGAGCGCUCAGGCGAUGUUGGAGGCGAAGAGGGAAGUUCAAGGAAAAAAGAACUUAAACAAACUGAAAGUAAAGAUCAAGAUGUGGGUUCGCAGACCCAAGAAAACGCGGGGUUGCCCCAGUCCAAAGAAAAUGUUGAGUGGCAAAAGGAACAGGCUACGAAGGGAGAUGAGGGGGUGACGAGUGCUGAUGAUGACUUGACAGAUUACAUUGUUGUAGAUGUGGACGAGGUCAAUCGGGAGACGGUCGACGUGUACACUAACGCCUACUACCAGCAGGGGAUGCAGUUUGGCGGCGAGCCGGGGUGGACGGUGUGCGAGGGUCUGUUGCUGCUGCUCAGACAAUGUCUGCUGGCGUUGCCCGAUCACGCAUUUGCGCAGUGGGGCGUAACAGCAGUGUCGGCGGAGACGCUGAUAGUCCUGGGCAACCACCACGUGGGGGCGGUGCGCGCGGCGGUGGUGCGCGCGUUCGCCGCGCUCCAGCUGCGCGCCGCCGCGCCGCCGCUGCACUGCUACAUGCAUCUGGCUAACCAGAUAUCCUUGUACGAAGGAUCGUGGGAGCUAGCUACGGCGUGUGCUGAAUUGUUAACCAAAUGCGAUGUACCGCUAGAGGAUCAACUUGACGAGGAAGUGUGGUCGGAAUGGAGUGAAGAGUGGAUCCCGCGCGCGGCGCCGCUGCUGGCGCUGCUGCCGGGGUGUCUGGCGGACGUUGCGCUUGCGCACAACAUCACGCUCAUCUUACGGAGGGUUAUUGACAAGGCACCAGUGAAGGCGUUGAACGACAUAGCGAUGGGUGAGGUGCUGGUGCGCUGUAUCCGGUGUUCCGGAAGUCGGCCGCCAUGUGACGGCGACCAGCUGCUGCAGGACGAUCUGCAUCGUCUGCUGUGCGCGCUGGCCCUGCGACAGCACUACACUCAUACUAUAAUAAUCGACCUCCACAACAUGCUGACGCACGUGGAGCGGCGCGCGGCCGCGGCGGGCGAGGUCCGCGCGGCGAGGGACGCGCAGAUAGCGCUCUUCCACGCACAACUCGACCACUUGGAACAAAAGCUGCAUACAACCUACACGACGCAUACGAAGUACGCGAAUUACUUUACCACUGUGCUGUCGUCGGCGGUGUCUCUGGGCGCGGAGGGCGCGGGACGGGCGGAGCGCGCGGAGCUGGGCGCGCGGCACGCGGGCACGCUAUGGCGCGCUGUCAGCUUCCUCCUCAGCCACCCGCCCACGCGCCCGCUGCCCAGCGCCGCGCACGCGCACCUCGUCGACCGCCUGCUGGCCACGCUGCUGAGAGCGGUGAGUGGUUCAAACGCCCAACGCCCCAAAUGGUGGGUGAGCAGCAGCGCGGACUGGAUAACCCCACUACAAGAGCUAUUCUGGUGGGCGGCGUCCCCAGGCGUAGGCACGCGCGAGCUGCAGCCAGCGCUGUUGCGAACGCUGUAUCGAGCGCCGCCGCAAGCGCUGCAGCCGCUGACCGUGUCCGAGCCCGCCGCGCUGCGUAAGUUGGCAGUAUACUUGCUAACGAUGCUGAAGUACAUACACCUGUCAUCUGAAACCUCACCCCUCGUGGAGCUGCCGAUCUGCGACUGGGCCCGCGGCUGGGCGGUGGGCACGCAGGCGGGGCUGCCGGAGCGGCUGCCCAGCGACUCGCUGCUGCCCGAGGCGCAGGCGCUGCUGCGGCAAGAUAUCGAGCGCUGGCGGCGUGCCGCCGACCGCAACGCCAACACCACCAACAAGGUGGUGCGCGCGCGCGACGCUCUCGCGAACAAGCUAACAGAAUCUGCUAUGAGCAUCACGCGGCGCGUGGUGGAGCUGCAGAACACGGAGCGCAAAAGUUUUAUGGAGCAUCUGCGGCGUGCGCAUGCGCAGCGCGCCGCCGCCACUGCGCGAUGGCAUCGCGCCGUCGACGACUAUACGCACGAACGAGCGGUGUGGCACGAGGGGUACAGCUAUCCGCAGUCGUGGCAGCUGGACCCCACGGAAGGCCCGGGCCGAGUGCGCGUGCGCCUGCGCCGCGCGCAUCUCCACAUCCCGCGCAAGUUCCUCAAGCCCGACCAACAUUACAAGGCUGAUGUGUGCCAGCGCUCGCCGCCGCUCCACAGCAUUCUGUGCGACAGCAGCAGCGCGCGCGGCGGCGCCGGCGCACGGCUGCAGCCGCACGAGACUGUGAGCUACAUGGCGCGCGUGACGCACGUUACCGUGCAGCGGGACACGCGCGCCGAGCUGCUGCUCAGCGACCGCUGUAUUCAUCUCGUGCCGGAGACGGAACAAGGCGUGCCGCUGUCAUGGCCGCUGGAGCGGCUCGAGCGCGUGGUGACUCGCCGCUGGUGUCUCCAAGAAAGGGCAGUGGAACUGUUCCUUAACUCAGGCCACGCCCAACUGUUGGCCUUCCCUGACACAGAAGAAAGAGACGCCUUCGUCAAAGCACUUGCCGCUUGUCACCUCCCCGCUAAAAUCGAACCAGACACCCUAUCAGACGCGAUGACCGCGUGGCGUAACGGCUCCAUCACCAACUGGGAAUACUUGAUGCGUCUCAACGGGCUCGGCGGGCGAUCCUACAACGACCUGAUGCAGUACCCAGUGUUCCCCUUCGUGGUCGCCGACUACAGCUCGCGGAUGCUGGACCUGAAUGACCCUGCCUCCUUCCGCGAUUUAGCUAAACCAAUGGCGAUACAGAAUAAGGCGCGGGAGCAGCAUUACAUCAACACUUACAAUGACCUAGCGGCGGCUCGUCGUGAAGGCUGCAGUCCGCUAAUAGCGCGGUCGCCACAUCACUACGCCUCGCUGUACUCCAACUCCGGGGGCGUAUUGCACUAUCUGGUGCGCCUGCCGCCCUUCACUGAGCUAUUCCUCAACUAUCAAGACAACAACUUCGACAUGCCGGACCGCACGUUCCACUCGCUGGCGACGACCUGGCGCCUCAUCACCAACGACUCUCCCACGGACGUCAAGGAGCUAAUACCCGAACUGUUUUAUCUGCCCGAGCUGUUCUAUAAUAACGAAGGGUUGCAACUAGGUGUCCGCCAGUGCGGCGCGGCGGUGGACACAGUGGAGCUGCCGGCGUGGGCGGCGGACGGGCGCAUGUUCACGUUGGCGCACAGACAGGCGCUGGAGGCCGCGCUAGUCACGGAGCGCCUGCCGCUGUGGGUGGACCUCGUGUUCGGCUACAAGCAGACCGGCCAGCCCGCCAUCGACGCUAUCAACGUGUUCCCCGCUUGUACGUACUACGGGUUCGACCCGACGGCGCUGGAGAGCGAGGUGGACCGCACGGCGGCGGCCGCCAUGGUGCGCACGUACGGGCAGGCGCCGCGCCAGCUGCUGCGCACGCCGCAUCCGCAUCGCGCGCCCGACCUGCUGGCGCUGCCGCACACCCAGGACGGGCACGGUGGCGUGUCGGGCGUGCGCUGGGGCGUGUACUGCGGGUCGCCGGCGCUGCCGCCGCCCGCCGUCACCGCGCGCCGCGCGCACGCGCCGCCGCACGCGCCGCCCGCCGCUGUUUGCACGCUGCCGCUGCCGCGCACCGCCGCCUUGCUGCCGCCUAAUUCCGCUGUCUUUGCGUUGCCAGACGUGAGUACAAAUGGCAACCCAAGUAACUCCUCCAUGGGGUCGUUGGCGCUGCUGACGUGGGGCCACCCCGACGACGUGGUGCGCCUCAAGCGACGCCGCGACGCGCCGCCUCAAAUGCUGCUGCACGUGCCCGCGUACGAUACUAUAACGUGCGUGACGACAACGUGCACGCUGAGCGCGUGCCCGUACCCGGUGUUCGUGGGGUACGCGUCGGGGCGGCUGAGCGCGCUGCGGCCGGCGCGCGCGGGCGCCGCACGCGAGCUGUGCGCGCACGCGCACGCCGUCAGCGCGCUGCACGCGUGUCCGCGCGCCGCGCUGCUCGUGUCCGCGAGUGCUGACGGCAUCAUCGUGCUCUGGGACCUCAACACACUGACAUACAUUCGCACGUUGCCGAACCGCGACAUGUUGCCGGUGACGCACGCGACCAUCAGCGCGACGCUGAGCGACGUCGCGACCGUGCACGACCCGCGCACGCGCACGUCCCGCUCCCGCGACGAUGACGACGAGCAUGCGCACGAACACGACGCAGACAAGUAUAAGUCUUUGAUUCGAGUACACACCGUCAACGCAAGCUUCGUUGGUAGCGUGAAAGUGUCAGAGCGUGUGACCAGCAUCUGCUACAGCACGGCGGCCGAGGGCGUCAGUGUGAACAGCCUGGCGGUGGCGCUGGAAUCGGGCUGCGUGGUGCUGUACUCCUCGUGGCAGCUCGCCCGCCUCGCCUGCAUCCCCGCCGUGAGGGGCGCCAGGCCGCCGCUGCUCAGCAUCGCAUACAGCAGAAACUCCCAUGUGCUGUUCGGGUGCUAUUCGUGCGGGACGGGCGUGGCGUGGGAGAGUGGCGCGGGGGGCGGGGGGGCGCCGCGGCUACUGCCCGCCGCCGCCUUUCUCUGACCCCGCGCCCGCUGCCGCUGCUGGCUGCGUCCGGGGUGACCUCAUAUCAUAUACACAGACCAAAUAUAGAGAAGGACCCGGAAUAUCAACUUGUGCACAGCUGCAUUAACGUCAUAUAAAGGGGCGGGCUUUAUUAAGUCCGGAAAGAGACGGAACCGCUUACCCCAUUCGUCUGCCUCAGCCCCGCAUAUCAUCUUUCAACUUUUGUUAGAGAAAUGGCAAUAAACAAAGAGGAGCCGCACCUCUUUGUUUUUGCUUCGUGUUCCCUUUUUGCUGUCUAGACUACUGCAAUAUGGAGUUCUGCAAAAGGUGACUAAGCGAAUGUAACAGCUUUGGUGUUGCAGACAUCAGCAAUAACCUACGAUGAUCGCUGUCUAGGUGUACCGCUAGUCUGUUUGUCUUCCUAAUAGUAUAAUAUAAAAAUUAAUUGUUUUCAAUAAUUGUUUUUUUUAUUAUUUCUUAUCUGGAGAGUUUAUUAUUUAUCUCCGUGAAGAGUUCAUCACGGAGAUAAACUCUCCAGUUAACACUACGACUGAAGGACCAGAUUAUUGUAAUCUAAAUUUGGCGAAAGUUGAAUAUUUUUCGCAUUCAGAGUUGAUUCCGCGAUAUUUUUUAUUUAAAUUCAAAUUUCACGGUUUGUUAAAAAAAAACAAUAGCGAAUAAUUUUGUGGUAAUUAACAAUUAAUAAAUAUUAAUGAGCCUCGGAUCGUCAUUACAUUUCUAAGGCGAUGUAUCACUGAUAUUUCUUUUCGAUCGUUUCGAUAUCCAGAUCGUGAGAAUUUAUGGAGUUGUAAGCUAAGCUAUGCUAUCGUUAUGAAACAAGUUUCAUGGAAAUGGUUUCUUGAUGUAAGAUCUCGGCAAAAAUGUCAUACAAUUAUAUUAGAUUUAGUUAAUACGGCUUAUAAAUAAAUGUAAAUAAAAGAAAGCAAAUAAUGGCAUGUCGCGAAAAUUUACUCCAUUACUGUCAAUAUGAAAAUUGUUAUCUCAGAAGAAGCGGCAUGAUUUGGCCAGCAAUUUUAUUUCUCCUGUUAGAUUGUUACAUCUAUUUUUAUGUAAUCAUGGAUAAACUGAUAUAGUUACAUAGACUUUAAACAACUUUGGUUAAUUUUGCUAAACUUAUUUUUUACCAUGAAAGUUGAUGUAACCUUAUUAUUCUAUUUUACAACAUUUUUUUAUGUGCAAUGCAAUUAUGCUAGUUCGGGUGGAAUCUUGCAACUCCAAUUUUUAAGCACUUAUCUUUAGCUGAUUGAGCUGAAAUUUUGUUUAGUUUCGAUGAGAAUACACGACGAUAAAAAAUCUAUAAAAUUUGUAUAAAAUCCUUUUUUUGUGUGAGGUUUGAUUGGCAUUGCUGCAUUUUGUUGAUAUUUGUUUGAGUAUUAUUUAUCUUCGUCUAAGUGAAGUUACGAUAAUUUUUGCCGUCCUUCAUUCUUCUUUGCGAGAUUAUUGUCGUUGAGCAAUAGAAGGCGACUGCUACCACAUCAUCAGCUGCCACACUGAGAUCCUCUACUGUGAAGGAGGAGAGGCUUCGAAAAUGAUACAUUUGAUUAAUGAUGUGCUAACAAAAGUGGUGAUAUUGUGUGAAAUUAUCAGGGUAGUUCGUGUAUUAUGUAAAACAUAUCGAUAAUAUAAUCUAGUAUUUAAGAUUUUUGUAUAUCCUUCUUGUCCCAAGAACAAGGACAAGAAGAGAUUUAUAAUAUACAAUUAUUUUGCUCGUAAACAUUCCUUUUACGUACGACAAAAAAUGGUUAAAAAUUUUAAGAUGUUACGUUAAAAUAAGCAUAAUGCAAUACGUACUUUUACAAAAGUAUAUAAUGUAAGUGUGUAUGUAACCUUGUUUUUACUAAAGUUUGAGCACAUAUUUAUGUUUUUAUUGACAAAAUAUGGAAUAUAUUACGAACUUGAUAGCUUAUAUUUUUGUGAACAAUAAUUGCCUAAUAUAUUCAUAUCUUCCAUAAAUCAAUUAUUAUAUUAUUACUGUAAAACAAUUUUUUAUAUGCACACAAAAGUAUGUAAGUUUAAGUGUUGAUAAUUAAAAUACCUAUACAUUUUUAUAUGCCAAACUUGUUAUUGAGUUAUUAAAUACAUUGUUUAUUAUAUUA